UUGCGUGAGGAAGCUGCAAAGGCUUUUGAAGUUACUCCCUCUCGUGUGUGUUUAAUCUAUGCUGGGAAAAUCCUAAAAGAUGAAAAUACUCUUUCGGAGCAUAAGCUUCAAGAUGGCCUUACGGUUCAUGUAGUUAUCAAGAGAGCUAGUGGUCAAGGUGGAGUGGCGGCAGCAACGAGCUCUCCUUCAUCAACAGCUCCACAUCACUCAUCAGGUCAAAAUCGCCCAAGUGGGUAUGAUCCUCUUACCGCUUCUGCGGCCAGAUUUUUCAGUUCUGCGGAUACAUCAUCUUCCGGAUUUGCAUCAAUGCAGCAGACAAUGCAACAGCAAGUGUUGCGCAAUCCGGAGUUGCUUAGGAAUGUUAUGGAAAGUCCAUUGGUGCAGUCUCUUGUUAGUAAUCCUGAAGUUAUGCGUAGUAUCAUGCAAUCUAACCCGCAGAUGCGUGAGCUAAUGGAGCGCAAUCCCGAAUUGAGUCAAAUGCUCACAAAUCCAGAAGUUCUUCGUCAGUCCAUGGAAAUCGCCUCUAAUCCGUCUCUGGUGCAGGAGAUGAUGCGUUCCUAUGAUCGCGCUGUUCUUAAUCUCGAAUCCAUCCCUGGAGGUAGCGGUCAUCUUCAACGGAUCUACGAAAGUGUUCAAGAACCCAUGCUCAAUGCUAUGCAGGGCGGCGAUGCUAAUAACCCAUUUGCUGACCUCGCAGGUGGGUUGUUAGAAUGCUGUUAUUGUCGAUCUUUCGUUACUUAUGCCGUAGCUUCUCAAAUCCAUGAACCUUCUGUCUUAUUUUUUUCUUCUUUUGCCUGUCUACUAGGAAACACAAGCAGACAGGCUGCACCUUCAAAUGAGCCAAUGCCGAAUCCAUGGGCGCCACCACAGCAACAACAAACAGAGACCACGACACUAUCUUCAACUACUACAGCUGGUGCAGGAGGUACCCCAACUACCACAACACCGUCAUCGGGAGGGGGAACAACGGGCACCUCAUUUCUUGGUGGAAUUCCCUUUAACCCAGAGACUAUGUCGUCGGCAUUCCAGGCUCCCUACGUGCGACAGAUGCUUGAUGUGAUGGCGUCGAACCCUGAGACUUUUGAAGCCUUUCUUUCAGCCAAUCCAGUAUGGAGUGCGGCUAGUCAGGACCCGGCGAUGCGGGAGAAUUUGCGUCGAAUGUUGCCACAACUGGCGAGGCAAAUGAGUAGACCCGGCUUUGUCGAGAUGCUAUCCAAUCCACGGGCUAUGAGGGCAAUGGCGCAAAUCCAAGAGGGUCUUCGAAUCCUCCAAGAGGAGGCUCCGGACGUCUUCUCCAGCAUGACGAACAUCAGUAGUGGUGCUUUUGGUGCCGCCACAACUGAUCCUGCUACUACUACUACAACUUCGUCGACUGAGUCUACCCCUGCAGAGGGCGCGGAAGGAACCGCCACCAAUACACCUGCGUCUACCAACACUUCGUCGUUGGGCAAUGUGGAAUUGGCCUCUCUUAUGGCCAGCCUUCUCAAUGUGGCUCCAUCAGGACAAGAUUCUGGUAAUCUACAGCAGCUGCCUCCAGAAGUGAGAUACGCCUCGCAAUUACAGACGCUUGCCAGCAUGGGAUUCACCAAUCAGUCUGCUAAUCUGCAGGCCUUGAUCUUCAGCCAUGGCGACGUAAACGCCGCAAUCGAUCGACUUUUGGGUCAGGGUAACUAG